AUGGAUCCAGAAGAGCAAGAACUAUUCAAUGACUACAGAUACAGGAAUUACUCCUCCGUGAUUGAGAAGGCUUUAAGAAAUUUCGAGUCUUCAAGUGAGUGGGCGGAUCUCAUCUCUUCCCUUGGCAAGCUCAAUAAGGCUCUUCAGAGCAACCUGAAAUAUUCCUUGUUGCCAAGACGGCUCAUUAUCAGCAAACGACUAGCUCAGUGUUUGCAUCCAGCUUUGCCCAGUGGGGUGCACUUGAAAGCCCUAGAAACCUAUGAGAUUAUCUUCAAAAUUGUCGGGACCAAAUGGCUGGCCAAAGACUUGUUUCUAUACAGCUGCGGCCUGUUUCCACUCCUGGCAAACGCGGCAAUGUCUGUGAGGCCCGUGCUGCUCAGCCUGUAUGAGAAGUACUUCCUCCCACUGCAGAAGCUGCUCAUGCCCAGCCUCCAGGCCUUCAUCACAGGUCUGCUGCCGGGCCUGGAGGAGGGCUCCGAGAUCUACGACAGAACCGAUGCUUUGCUACUGAGGCUGUCUCUGGUGGUGGGCAGGGAGGUGUUCUACACUGCUCUUUGGGGAAGCGCCCUGGCCAGCCCAACGGUGCGCCUCCCUGCCUCACUCUUUGUCGUGGGCCACAUCAACCGCCACACACCUGGCAAGGAGCAGACGUUCAUGCUGGGGACUGAUUACCAACUGACGGUAAAGUCUUUAUGUGCAUCACUGUUAGACUCAAACGUUCUGGUGCAGAGAAAUAAUUUGGAGAUUGUCCUGUUCUUCUUCCCAUUUUAUACCUGCCUGGAUCCUGAUGAGAGAGCCAUUCCUCUGCUCAGAUCUGACAUCAUCCAUGUUCUGUCAUCCGCCACCCAGACCCUCCUGAGGAGAGAAAUGUCUUUAAACAGAAGACUCUAUGCGUGGCUACUAGGUUCAGAUAUUAAAGGAAACACUGUGGUGCCGGAAUCAGAUAUCUCAAAUUCUUAUGAAGACCAGUCAUCUUACUUUUUUGAAAAGUACUCCAAGGAUCUGUUAGUUGAGGGCCUGGUUGAAAUAUUGCACCAGAACUUCUCAGGUGUUGAUGUGGAGGAACGCCAUCAGGCUUACCUAAAACCUUUCCGUAUCCUGGUCAGCCUGCUGGACAAGCCGGAAAUAGGGCCGCAAGUGGUUGAGAACUUGUUUCUGGAAGUGAUCAGGGCCUUCUAUUCUUACUGCAAAGAUGCUCUAGGCUCAGACCUUCAGCUGAGCUACACACAAAGUGGAAACUCACUGAUUAGUUCAAUAAAAGAAAACAGAAAUGCCUCUGAGAUUGUUAAGACAGUGAAUUUGCUGAUCAAUUCCCUGAGCACAGACUUUCUCUGGGAUUAUAUGAUGAGGUGCUUUGAGGAUUGCUUUAGGCCAGCGAAGCAAGGUAACUCGGUCUGGAAAAGCUUCAGCUCUCCCCCCACGGUCUCAGAGCUCUGCACCCUGCUUGUCUUCCUGCUGGAUGUUAUUCCCUUGGAGCUUUACUCAGAGGUGCAAACCCAGUAUCUCCCGCAGGUACUCAACUGCAUGCUGCAGCCCCUGGCUGAGAACUUGGAGUCUCUGAGUUUAUCCGAGCUCACACAGGCCUUAAAGACAUGCUUCAAAGUACUCAACAAGGUCCAGAUGCCACCUUCCUACCUGGACACAGAGCCAGCAAGCGAGAGCUCGAGUCCAGUGAAAGUCGACAACAGGGAAAUCCUUAUAGAAACAAAGGCUGUGAUUCCAGGUGAUGAAGACACCCCGUUUCCUCCGCUGAAAUCGGAAGACAGUGGGAUCGGGCUGAGUGCGUCAUCACCGGAGCUCUGUGAGCACCUGAGGACCCCUAGGGUCUCCCCAGGAAGAGAUGAUGUUUGGAAGAAAGGUGGAAACAUGCAGCAGACCUUGCAUUACAUCCAAGAGCUCAUCACAAACUUUGCCAACAAGCACAUUUUUGGGGUCCCACUAACAGCCUCUGGGGAAGAAGACAAGUCCGAAGAGCCUGCAGGCAACAGGGACAAGAGCAGGACCCGGAACGCCAUUGCUGAGGAUGCUGGCAGGAAGAACUCGUGGGAUGCCAAGUCCAUCACUGUGCCCCAGUUCAAGCAGAUGCUUUCAGACUUGUUCACGGUCCGAGGGUCUCCGUUUAAGAUGAAAAGUUCAACUUCCCCAUCAUCUUUGCCCAGUAGCCCUUUCAAGAAAAAGGAAGGAGAAUGGGAUGUUACCCAGGUGGUCAUUGACCUGGGGGGCUCACGGGAAGACUGCAGGGAGGCCUUCGCUGCUGCCUGCCACCUGCUGCUGGACUGCGCCACCUUCCCUGUCUACCUGUCUGAGGAGGAGAUGGAGCUGCUCUGCCAGACGCUCUUCCAGCCUCCUGGAGAAUGUGACUCCAGUUUUCCAUCUUGGCUGAGAUCCCUUAUGACCAUUGGCUGCUGCGUGACCGACUGUUACCUACAAAAUGUGGCCAUCUCCACACUGCUGGAGGUGAUCAACCAUUCGCAGUCCCUAGCGCUCGUCAUUCAGGACAAGAUGAAGCGCUAUAACAGCUCUGGACACAACCCAUUUUUUGGCAAGCUGCAGAUGGUCACAGUUCCUCCGAUCGCUCCUGGGAUAUUGAAAGUCAUCUCAGAGAAAACAGAUUUCUACCAGAGGGUGGCCCGUGUGCUUUGGGGUCAGCUGAAUAAGGAGACCCGGGAACACCACAUCACCUGCGUUGAGCUCUUCUACCGCCUGCAUUGCUUGGCUCCAACAGCAAAUAUCUGCGAGGACAUCAUCUGUCAUACCCUCCUGGACCCUGACAAGGGGACACGGUUGGAAGCACUCUUUCGAUUUUCCGUGAUAUGGCACCUGACCAGAGAGAUCCAGGGCAGUCGAGUCACCUCUCACAAUCGCUCCUUCGACAGGUCCUUGUUUGUCGUGCUGGACAGCCUGGCCUGCUCAGAUGGUGCCAUUGGUGCAGCAGCCCAGGGCUGGCUGGUGCGGGCACUCUCCCUUGGGGACGUGGCACGCAUCCUGGAGCCCGUGCUCCUGCUCCUUCUCCAGCCCAAGACCCAGAGGACCUCCAUCCACUGCCUCAAGCAGGAUAACUCGACAGAAGACUUGCACCGUUGGUUCAACAGGAAGAAAACCUCCUUCAAGGAGGCUUGCGGAGCACCUGAGCUUCCAGGAGGCAGCUCUGAGGAAAACCUGCCUCUGAGUCAGUUCACUACCGUCGACCGAGAAGCCAUGUGGGCAGAAGUGGAGAAGGAGCCAGAGAAUUGCCCAGCCCACAGGGAGCUGAGUGAGGAGGACCUCCCCCGCUAUGUGGACCUGCCGGACGGGCCUGAGAGCAGCGAGCACACUGAGUCUGCAGACACGAGCUCAGGGCAUACGGACAGUGAGAACACCUCUUCCUUCUCAUCUCCUUUCCGGGACCCGCGGGAGCUGAGCAGCGAUGAGAACUGCUGUGCCCCCAUCCCCUCAGUUGGCAGGGCUUACGCCAAACGCCCAGCUCUGCUAACUGCCUUCCAAUUGGAAAACUUGAAGUCCAGUGCCAAGUUAAGCCUGGUGCGCAUGGACUCAGACAAGACCCAGGCCUCAGAGUCGCUGUCCAGCGACGACGAGGCUGACCUAGAGCUGCAGGCGCUCAGCAAGUCCCGGCUGCUGAAGCAGCAGCGGGAGCGGCAGGAGACCCUGGAGGCCCUGUUCAAGCACAUCCUGCUCUACCUGCAGCCCUAUGACUCGCGGCGUGUCCUCUAUGCCUUCUCAGUGCUGGAGGCUGUGCUCAAGACCAACCCCAAGGAGUUCAUCGAGGCCGUGUCCAGGACCAGCAUGGACACCAGCUCCACCGCGCACCUGAACCUCAUCUCCAACCUCCUCGCGCGCCAUCAGGAGGCCCUGGUGGGCCAGAGUUUCUAUGGGAAACUGCAGACCCAGUCCCCCAACGUGUGCCCACACUCCCUGCUGAUCGAGCUCCUCACCUACCUCUGCCUGAGCUUUUUACGCUCCUACUAUCCAUGCUAUCUAAAGGUCUCCCACCGGGACAUACUUGGCAACCGGGAUGUGCAGGUCAAGAGCGUAGAGGUGCUCAUCAGAGUGAUGACACAGCUAGUCUCCAUGGCCAAGUGUUCAGAAGGGAAGAACGUGGACUUCAUCCACAACUUGCUGCAGAGGUGCAAAGUUCAGGAGUUUGUUCUGCUCUCCCUGUCUGCGUCCAUGUACACAAGCCAGAAACGCUAUGGCCUGGCCACCUCAGAACGCAGCAGGGCGCCGCAGGAGGAAAGCUUCUUUGAGGAGAACCUCAUCAACUUGGGCCAGGACCAGAUAUGGAGCGAGCACCCACUGCAGAUCGAGCUGCUCAAGCUCCUUCAGGUGCUGAUUGUCUUAGAGCACCACCUGGGCCAGGCCCAGGAGGAGGCCGAGAGCCAGCCUGAGCUGUCCCGAGAGUGGCGGCGGGCCCUCAGCUUCCAGCAGGCCAUCAGUGCCCUGCAGUAUGUGCAGCCUCACCCCCUCACCUCCCAGGGCCUGCUGGUCUCAGCCGUGGUACGGGGUCUGCAGCCCGCCUACGGCUACGGCAUGCACCCUGCCUGGGUCAGCUUGGUCACCCACUCUCUGCCCUACUUCGGGAAGUCCCUGGGCUGGACUGUGGCACCCUUCAUAGUACAGAUUUGCAAGAACUUGGAUGAACUGGUCAAGCAGUACGAAAGCGAAUCUGUGAAGCUGUCUGUCAGCAUAACAUCCAAGAGGGAAAACGUUUCCCCAGAUUAUCCGCUGACUCUUUUGGAAGGCCUAACAACCAUUAGUCACUUUUGCCUUCUGGAACAACCCAACCAAAGCAAAAAGACCACCUCAGUCAGUGACCCCACCAACCUGAGAAAUGCCAAGAACGCCAUUCUGGAAGAGCUACCUCGGAUUGUGAACACCAUGGCACUUCUGUGGAAUGUUCUCAGAAAAGAAGAGACUCAAAAGAGACCCGUCGAUCUUCUCGGGGCCACCAAGGGGUCGUCUUCAGUUUACUUCAAAACCACCAAAACUAUAAGACAAAAAAUUUUAGACUUCUUGAAUCCCUUGGCAGCCCAUCUUGGGGUUCAGCUGAUAGCAGCUGUUGCAGCAGUAUGGAGCCGGAAGAAAGUUAAACGCCACAGUAAAGUGAAGAUUGUCCCUGUGGCUAGUGCAUCCCAGCUUCCCCUCGUUGACUUAGUUUGUGCCCUCAGCACCCUGAAGACUGACGUGGUGCUGCACUUGGUUAAGGAAGUGGUCAAGAAGCCACCGCAAAUUAAAGGGGAUGAGAAAUCGCCCCUGGUGGAUAUUCCUGUGCUGCAGUUUAGCUAUGCUUUUAUCCAAAGGCUCCCAAUUCCAGCCCUGCAAGAGAACUUCCCUUCAUUGUUGGGUGUAUUAAAAGAGUCUGUGCAGUUGAAUCUAGCUCCACCUGGAUAUUUUCUGCUCCUCAGCAUGCUGAAUGACUUUGUAACAAGAACUCCCAGCUUGGAAAGCAAGAAGUAUCAAAAAGACCUGCAGGAAGUCACUCAAAAAAUCCUAGAAGCCGUGGGGAACAUCGCUGGUUCUUCCCUAGAACAGACUAGCUGGCUGAGCAGAAAUCUGGAGGUGAAGGCCCAGCCUCAGAUCUCUUUGGAAGAAUCUGACGCUGAAGAAGAGUUGUCGGAAGCUGCUGCAGCUUCUUCGAUGGUGUCUGCAUCUGCCCCUUCGGUGUACAGCGUGCAAGCCCUCUCUCUCCUGGCAGAGGUUCUGGCGUCUCUCCUGGACAUGGUUUACCGAAGUGAUGAGAAGGAGAAAGCCGUGCCAUUGAUCUCACGUUUGCUUUACUAUGUUUUUCCUUACCUGCGCAACCACAGUGCCUACAAUGCUCCCAGCUUCCGCGCUGGGGCUCAGCUUCUGAGUGAUCUGAGCGGUUACUCCUACACAAAACGAGCCUGGAAGAAAGAAGUCCUGGAAUUAUUCUUGGACCCCGCUUUCUUUCAGAUGGAUACCUCUUGUGUUCAUUGGAGGUCCAUUAUUGAUCAUCUUCUGGCUCAUGAGAGAACCAUGUUUAAAGAUUUAAUGAACAUGCAGAGCAGUUCUUUAAAGCUGUUUUCAAGUUUUGAGCAGAAAGCCAUGCUGUUAAAGCGCCAGGCUUUUGCCAUCUUCAGUGGAGAAUUCGAUCAGUAUCACCCUUACCUUCCACUGAUACAAGAACGCCUGACAGACAAUCUCAGAGUCGGACAGACAUCCAUAGUUGCUGCUCAGAUGUUUCUGUUUUUCAGAGUUUUGCUGCUGAGAAUAUCUCCUCAACAUUUGACUUCAUUAUGGCCAAUAAUGAUCUCUGAAUUGAUUCAGACAUUCACACAACUUGAAGAAGACCUGAAAGAGGAAGAUGAAUCUCUGAGAAACAGCAACAAAACAAACAGAACGAAAGUUUCUGCCCCUGAUGGAAAUGGACCCUUAAAAGGAGAGAUCCCCGCAAACGAACUCAUCUUAUAUUUAUCAGCUUGCAAAUUCUUGGACACAGCACUGUCUUUUCCACCUGAUAAAAUGCCGCUAUUUCAAAUUUAUAGGUGGGCAUUUGUUCCAGAAGUGGACACAGACGGUUCUGCCUUCCUGUUGGAGCUUGAGGAACAUCACCAAGAAUGCAAACCCCAUACUGUUAGGAUACUACAACUUCUAAAGUUAAAAUAUGGGGAAAUUAACAGCUCUGAUGAGAUAACUGUGAAGAAUGAAUUUCCUCUUCUGCGCCAACAUUCUGUUUCCAGCAUUAGACAACUGAUGCCAUUCUUCAAGACUCUAAAUUGCGCUUUUAAAACCCAAAGUAAACUUCCUGCUGAACCCCCAGCACCUCCAUUCUUAGAGGAUAUUGUCACAGUUAGUCCUAGGGUUUUGGAACAACUGGAAGAAAGUGUUGAACAUGAUUUUUUGGAGCAUCUGGAGUGCUGA